GUGUGACGUCAGAUCGUAUAAUCCGGAAACGGAGGCCGCGACUGCAGUGGCUACCGAACUGAGGCCUUCUUUGGUGGGGGCGCCAGGCAGCGGAGAGAUAGGGGGCGUGACCCGGAAACGGAAGUAAGACCCCGUCUCAGCUCCGCUAGGUGUGACAUCUGUCCCAGGGCUGGCUGUGGAGUCCUACCACCAUGGACCUGUUGUUUGGGCGCCGGAAGACGCCAGAAGAACUCCUGCGACAGAACCAGCGGGCCCUGAACCGAGCCAUGAGGGAGCUGGACCGGGAGCGACAGAAGCUAGAAACCCAGGAAAAGAAAAUCAUUGCGGACAUCAAAAAGAUGGCCAAGCAGGGCCAGAUGGAUGCUGUACGCAUCAUGGCAAAAGACCUGGUGCGCACUCGGAGAUAUGUGCGCAAGUUUGUGUUGAUGCGGGCCAAUAUCCAGGCUGUGUCCCUCAAGAUACAGACUCUGAAAUCCAACAACUCAAUGGCACAAGCCAUGAAGGGUGUUACAAAGGCCAUGGGCACCAUGAACAGACAGCUGAAAUUACCCCAAAUCCAGAAGAUCAUGAUGGAGUUUGAACGACAGGCAGAGAUCAUGGACAUGAAGGAAGAGAUGAUGAACGAUGCCAUUGAUGAUGCCAUGGGUGAUGAAGAUGAUGAAGAGGAGAGUGAUGCUGUUGUAUCCCAGGUUCUGGAUGAGCUGGGACUGAGCCUGACUGACGAGCUAUCAAACCUCCCCUCCACUGGGGGCUCACUCAGUGUGGCUGCUGGUGGAAAGAAAGCUGAAGCCACAGCCUCAGCUCUGGCUGAUGCUGAUGCAGACUUGGAAGAAAGGCUCAAGAACCUGCGCAGGGAUUGAACAGCCCCCCUGCAUGGGGCUGGAUGCCAAGGGUCUUGCCUUGUCUCUCCUGUAAUAAAGAAACUUGGACAGCCUUUGUGACUACCCCCCUGUAAUAAAUUUAAGUACUAAUU